AUGGCGGAUAUGUCUGUGAUAUCCAAAACAGCCUAUUAUUGGGUAGGAUUAUCUCACAGUCUACGUUCAGAUUGUAGAUCAUUCCAUAGUUUGAUGUCGAAGACAGAGCCAUGGUCUUGGGUUGUGCUGGUGGCAGCUUUUCUAGCAAUGUUUUCAAAUGGGUCACUCUAUUUAUCAACCGGCGUACUUCAUUUAGCUUUAAUGGAGAGGUAUUCAGAGGAAGGAGAAAAUAAAGUAGCAUGGCUGGGAUCUCUGUUUACGAGUAUGACUGGUUUAACGGGUCUAUUGGGCAGUUUAUUGAUAAAUACCUUUAACGUCAGGAUAUGUAUAAUAUGCAGUGCCUUUUUGAAUUUAAUUGGUUUUGCUGUAAGUGGUGUAGUGACAGAUAUCAAUAUAUUGUUUAUAACUUACAGUUUUAUUGCCGGUAUUGGACAAGCAUUAUGUUACACAGCAUCCAUGGUCGUAACCGGUUACCAUUUUAAAGAGAAAUCGAGUAUGGCGACAGGAAUAGUGACCAGUUCAAGUGGUCUUUCUUUAUUUGUUUUUCCACCACUAACACAACUAUUGGUAGAUACAUAUGGUCUAAACGGUGCCUUUUUGAUACUGGGUGCAAUAGGAUUCCAUGCAGCUGCUUGUGGAGCUGUUAUGAGACCAUCUGAAUAUGAAAAUAAAUCUUUUCAAUGUGGUAAACAAUCUUAUAGAUCUAGUCAAAUGUUAAACUCAACUUAUAAAGAAACAACAAAAGUAUCUGCAAUGUAUCAUAUGAAAAGUGUGCGAUUUUGGAUAUUUCUGUUUAGUUCUGCGUGUUUCUGUAUGGCUUUAUCAACUGUAUAUUUAUAUUUACCAAUGUUUAAUUCUUAUCACGGGACUUCCAAACGAAAUUCAGCUCUCAUUUUGUCAGUUGCGGGAAUAACAGGAACCAUUUCUCGGGUUCUUCUUGGAUUUCUAGCUUCUUCCGUUGAUGUGACCAUUGUGUUCAGUGGAGUAUUUGGAAUCAUUGGUACCAUUACAGUAUUACUUUUUACUAUGACAAAUUUCUCUGCUCAGAUAGGUUAUUCGGCAUUACUAGGUAUAUAUAGUGGAGGCUGUUGGUCAUUACAGCACACAUUACUGAUAGAUAUUGUUGGAAUAACGCACUUAUCUACAUGUUAUGGUAUAACUUUAUUGUUUUCCGGAAUUGGUUUAUUAAUAGGUCCACCAUUAGCAGAACUGAUCAUAACACAUUUCAACAAUUUAGACUAUGCAUUUAUAUUUGCAGGCUGUUUAUUCCUGCUAGCUUCAUUUUCUGGUUUGAUAUUGGGGUUCUUGAAGAAGUUCCAAAAAGGCAUCUUACCAGGUGAUGAAUUAACUAAGAAAGAAACAGAAUUGAUUGUAAUGAACGGUGAAUUUCACGAAGCUGGUGAAGAAACAACAAAUAUGUUAUAGGCAUAUUGACAUUAAUGAUCCCAAGAGACCAUAUGAAUGUAGAGUUCAAUAUGAAACUAUGUUCACAAAGUGUAAUCAAUUGUUUCUGACACAAAAUUUUGUCAAAAUAAGUUUUUCCGAUUCGACGUGAAUGAACCUAAGUAAAAUUGUCUACUAUCUUACGUAUGUAUUAAAUUGGUUACCAUUGAUGAUCAAAACCACUCUCGAAGUCUAUGUAGGUGCUGCCUUACAUAACCUGUAUCUCUUUUUCCGACGAAUAUUUUUUUUACUUGCUAAUCUAAAUAUACAGUUUGUACGUUAGAAAUAGAAAUCAAUAUGAAG